AUGGAAUUUAGGUCGGAACAGUCAUUCCUCAGUGGCGAUAGUGAAAGUGAGCGCUAUGAGGGAGAUAUGGAUGUUGAUGCUGCCUAUCAGGAUGAUGAAGUCGCACAUGCAUUAGCUGCAGCUGAUUUACUUGGAAAAUCUUCCAAUAACCCAGAACUUUAUGAUGAAGAGGAUAAUGGUAUUGCUGAUGAUGAUUCUGAAGAGCUUGAGGACUUGACCAUAAAAGUUGACGAUGUUGUCACAGUUUAUGCAUGUAAUGAAGAUGAUGUCAGCCAUCUUGAGGCAUGUAAUACUCAGUUGCAUAUGCAUGGUUUCACCCCCUCUAGGCUUUUAAAGAUGCCUGUCUGUCAUUCAUUGGUGAUCUCCAUCUCUACAAAUAGUUCCGGAUAUUGGAGGAUGCAGCUGAUGGUGAUCCAAGCAUGUACGUCCACCAUUAUAUAA